AUGUCGACAGGACCAUCCCAGCAAGGGACAUUUUCCCUGUUCCCCAAGGAACGUCCGCCGUCCAGGACCCAAAACGCCACCCCAGGACGCCCCUCGAUAGAUUCAGCAUCUCGGGACUCCCCCUCCAGAGCAGGAAGACGCACUCCGCUAGAGCGCAACAUGUCCGUCCGUGACGGCAAGAAGGCCCCUGCGAGCCAGGCCACAGGCCCUUCCAUGGGCCCCUCCAUGGGCUCCCCCGAGCCCGUAGACACAGGCGAGAGCACUGUUGUCUGGCCAUCCGAAAGCAGACAGGCAGAGCCCAUAAUACAGCGGCCGGCCGCCGUUGUCACCGUCGACCCUCCCGCUCGCUGUGGCACUGCCUUCUCCGAGGCCCAGACCCUCGUCCGCGCCAACAGCGACCGGUCCAGGAACUCGAUAGCCAAGCCACCACUGGACAACCGAGCGACCCAGUACGGGGAAGGGUCAUCAGAGGCCCCCCUGCGCUCCAUAUUCCCAGAGUACAACCCAAACCUCCCGCUCUCCCAACAAAACUACUACCCCCCACAGUCAAGUCCAACACACCCGGCCAACAUCCCGGCCGGGGCCAUCAGCCGCCGCCUAUACUCACCCACGUCUGAAGAGAGGCCCGAGCACAAUGAGGACACCACCAGCCCUCUGCGGAGCCCCAUGAGCGCCAAUAGUUCCCGGACCCACCAACAGACGGCCACCCGGAAAUGGCCGCCGCCGAGGGUGAACGUGAAGCCCUCGACCCCGGAGCCGAGCAGCACCGAGGAGCUGCGCAACUUCUGGAAGGUCGCCAACGGGUGGAAGGCGACGGGCUCCGAGGGCCGGGUGUACACGUUCGCGGUGUCGGGCGAGCGGGACACGCCCAUCUACACGCUGGGGUCCAGGUCGUCGCAGCCCUUCUACCGGCUCAAGCUGGACCCGACGUCGGCGUCGGCGUACGUGUCGCUGUCGCGCUUCGACCCGAGCAAGCCGUACAAGCCGCCGGUGCCGCCCAAGGACGGCGGCAGCAGCCCCAGGGGCGGCAGCAGCGAGAGCGUGGCCGGGGCCGGGGCCGGCGAGCCGGGCGCCAAGGGCUGGCAGGAGGUGCUGAGCACGACGCUGGAGGAGACGGCGCGGCACCACGCGCCGCACGACGGCCUGGUGGCGCUGCUGUACCCGCUGCCCGCGGCGAAGCUGGCGGUGGAGAGCCGCUUCACCAACGCGGCGGCGUUCGCGACGGCGGAGCGCGAGUGCGCGCGCCUGGUGUGGGACGACGACAGCGGCAACCACUUCCUGGUGCACCCGGCGCUGGCCAUGCCCUUCUGCGUGACGGUGGAGCGGAACCCGGCGUGGAGCCGCACAGAGUACACGCUCGAGCACGUCGAGAGCCCGCAGCACCUGGCGCGGCUGACGCGCGACGGCACCGGCACCGGGUGGCUCGAGGUCGACACGGGCAUCGCCGCCAAGAUCGACGCCGUCUACCUGGCCGACGUGGCCGUCGCGGCCCUCAUGCUCGUCGCGCACGCCGACGGCGAGUUCAGCCGCGUCGAGGUCUUUGACCCGCCGCCGCCGCCGGCGUCGCUGCGCAGCGAGAGCAGGCAGGGCCAGGGCCAGCAGGACGGGAGGGGCAGCCGCCUCGGCCGCAUGAGCCCGCGCGCCAACAGCGGGGACAAGAAGGACAAGAAGGCGGGCAGGACGCGCCUGGAGGAGUUCGAGCUGGACCUCGAGAGCCAGACGAGCGACCUCAAGAAGCACUCCAAGAGGCGGAGCAAGGACGAGGACAAGAUGCCCGGCUGCGCGAGGGUCAUCAUCUCGCUGCUGAGCGCCAUCUUCAAGUGCUUCAUCUGGUGCGCCACGGUCCUGUUCAAGGCGCUGACGGGGUGUAUCUCGUUGUUCGCCAGGUGUGUGACUUCUGAGAAGUUUUAG